CUCUUAUCCUUCAUGAAAAACUGGAGUUGCUGUCCGAGAAUUCCUCAGUCUCCAGAAAGCAGCUGUGAGUUCCAGAGCAAUGUCACUGUCGCAGAGCUUGUGACGGGAGCUUGCUGCUGGACUGUGUACUGCACGGGUCACUGGGAGGUGGGAAUCCUGAAUGAAGGAGUGCAGGGGAGGAGACCUUAAUAUCCUGGAAGACAGGACAUGUGUGCAGUUUUAAGGACUUUGGAAAAUCCCCGGGGUGAGUGAGGCAUCACGGAAGACUACAAGGUUUAGUGGAGCAGACAGCAACAAACGGUGAUCCUUACAGAAGAGGGACGGAGGACACCUGAGUAAAAGGCAAACAUUGGAUUUAUUUGGAGGUGAAGGAGCAAAAGAACCGAAAGAAAUCCAAAGACUGGGGUGGUGAUAACAGAAGCAACCAUGAGAGGCGUAACGUGGAGCAUGGGCAUUGUGCUCUGCCUCUCCCUCUGUUUGGUUGACAAGAGUCACUCAGAAAAUGAACUGCAAACAAGACGACGCCGGGCACCUGCAGACGAUCCCAAGAGGUGUUCCUAUACUUUCUUGGUCCCCCAGCAGAAGAUCACAGGUCCUAUCUGCGCCUCCGCCACAGGGCCUGAGGUAGACAAGGACAGGGUGACACGAAUGGAUAUCACUGACGUGCGGGAUAUCUUAUCCAAGCAGCGAAGAGAGAUUGAAACGCUGCAACUUGUGGCAGAUGUGGAUGGGAACUUGGUAAACGAGAUGAAGCUUUUACGCAAAGAGUCCCGCAACAUGAAUUCCCGGGUGACGCAACUUUACAUGCAGCUGUUGCACGAGAUUAUCCGUAAAAGGGACAACUCCCUGGAACUGGUGCAGCUGGAGAACCGGGUUCUAAACGUCACCACGGAGAUGCUCCGCCUAGCAUCCCGAUACAAAGAGCUGGAGCUGCGUUUCGCAGGCCUUGCCGCCACAGUCAACAACCAAUCGGUGUUGAUCGCCGCUCUGGAGGAACGUUGUCUUCGUGGAUAUGGGCAUCAAGAUUUGCCGGCGGUGCCGCCGUUGGUGCAAGUGGUGCCGGAGAGCAUUCCGACCAACAAUAACCGUUUUACCAAUGAGAUUCAGAGAGACAACAACAACCGGGCUUUUCCAAGAGGAUCCCGCAUGGAUGCUCCAACGCCUGACCCACUGGGAAUCCCACCAGCCCCGCAGGGCACUCUCACCACAGAUGGUCCCUUCAAAGACUGUUUUCAGGUGCGACAGGCGGGGCACACCACCAGUGGCAUGUAUCUUUUAAAGGCCGAGGGCAGCGAUAGACUGACUCAGGCUUGGUGCGAGCAUAAAUUAGACAAUGGAGGCUGGACCGUUUUUCAGCGAAGGAAAGAUGGUUCAGUGAACUUCUUCAGAAACUGGGAAAACUACAAGAAAGGAUUUGGAAACAUAGAUGGAGAGCACUGGCUGGGCUUGGACAACAUCUAUAAUAUAGCCAAGCAAGGGGAUUACAAACUGCUGGUAGAGUUGGAGGACUGGGUUGGUAAGAAGGUGUACGCAGAGUACAGCAGCUUCCACCUGGAGUCUGAGAGCGAGGGAUUUAGGAUGAGACUGGGCACCUACCAGGGCAAUGCUGGAGACUCGCUCACAAGCAACAACGGAAAACCCUUCACUACACUCGACCGGGAUAAAGACGCCUUUACAGGCAACUGCGCUCAUUUCCACAAAGGUGGCUGGUGGUACAACGCAUGUGGUCAAACGAAUCUGAAUGGCGUGUGGUACUCGGGUGGCGUCUAUCGCAGCAAGUUUCAGGAUGGAAUCUUCUGGGCUGAGUACGGAGGCGGGUUCUACUCACUCAGAUCGGUCCGUAUGAUGAUCCGGCCAAUAGACUGAGAUCUGCCACAAGAUGCCCCGCUCUUUAACCGAUGACUCCAAAUGAGUCCAAAACCCUUGAAUGUACUCAUAAUUCACUUCAGCACUUAUUUAUAACCACACGAUCAUUUUUAUGAGGACAGAUUAUGUAUAGCACAGUAUAGUCACCAUGGGUACAAAACAAUGUACCGAUAAAAAUCAUAAAAGCCUACGUGUGAUGGAGUGGAAGGACUUAAGACUGACUCUUACAAACGUCCUCUUGGACACGUCUUGGAAACCGAUGGCCCCACACCAAGAUCACACACUCUGAAACUCUUAAUUGGAGUCGGACAAUAGGGUCAUGGUGAACUUUAGCAUCUUCUGGUCCUCUCCACCUCGUCCAUUUACUCUCAUCUUGUUUUACUGUCCUUGUUCAACAUUGCCCUUUGUCUUCAUCCUUAUUGGUGAUUUAUUCCAUCUGACUCUUCCUCUUCUUUGAAUCUUGGACAGAUGACACCAAAGCCUCAAAGGCUUCAAUUUAAAGAUCUUCACCAAUAUCUUUAUUUCUAUUGCACACUUCACUGAUGUGUAUAUGUUACAAACAGGACCGUACAGUUUGUUGACUUUUAUCCGUAAUGUUGGUCUGUAAAUAUACUGUUUGUAUUGUUUGUUUUUGUAAGAUCUAAUUUAAGGACUCACCUCCAAUCCACUCUCAUUCAUUUGUUAUUUAUACAUCUGUAUUUAUGACAGUAAUAAUAGUCCAGUCAUCUAUUUAACCCAGAUUUUGAUGUACCAUUGUGCUUUUAACAUGUAUUAUAUUUGGCUUCAGGCCUGUAACAACCACGGAAUUUGAAGGGGACAAGCAUAAUAUGACACAAAAGUUUAACAUUUGGUUCUGCCAAUUUAUACAUCUUUGACUGGCUCAUAAACAUGCAAAAUCGAAAAGAAACAAACAGAAUACAGAUCAUCAAUUUCCAAAUUUGUUACAACUAAACCCAGACACACAAACACUUAUUUCCAACUAUUGUACUUUCAUUGACAUCCCGUGAGCACACUCACCAACUCACUGCAAAUGUUUUUUUUAGCUAAAAAUAAAAAAUAGUUAUUAUAAAUGCUCUCUGAAUCCACUUAAAGCAACACUGAAUUAAUAAAAAAAUAUCAAAGACCAACUCUUUAUACAGACUAUAUAGAGUCACAGCUGGCUUUUUAAUUACACAAUUGAUCUUUCGGCAACAUGAGCAGAUUGUGUGUGUGUAAGCGUUUGCGACAGAAAGACACAGAUUUCAUGUUAAAAGUAUGCAGACAUGUGAAAGUAAGAGAAUUAUGUUUGGAAUAAAGCACAUAGAGACAAUGAAAAACACAUUUCAGGCAUCCAGUCACGAAUGGAGGAAAGAGAGAGAGUGAGAGAGGGGUCCGGAGGGAAGAAGACAGAGAUGGAGACUCAGGACUAAGACAUUCUUUCCAUAUAAAGUGCUUAGGUUACAUCUCCGCAAAAGUGUAUUUCAUAAGUUAUGCCUCUGUAUUCCCGGAUUCCCCAGUGGGACAAUCUUUCAGAACGUCUUCAAUCACUCACAGGCAAGCAUCUAAUUCUGUCGGGAGAAGCCGUACACGCACGCACGCACGCACGCACGCACGCACGCACGCACGCACGCACACGCACGCACACACACACACACAUACACACACACACACACAAACACAAACACACAGAGACUAAGACAGUCACAGAUUUAGUUCUGUGAACUGCCCGCGUGCAGUAAAGAGCUUUCCAUGUGUUUGCCAGUAUGCUUCUCUCCCCAGGACACUGAUCAGAGGUUUUCACACCCUUAAACGUGUGGUACAUGAGAGUAAAUGGGUUUGGGAUGGGUUUGGGGUGGCGGAACUAAAGCAUGAGCACACAAUACAUCAUCGCAUUAUCCCUGCAUAACUGUUGAUUCACAAUAAGUUCAUGUGGUGUACCUUAUGCACUUUCUCCCACUCUCCAUGGUGGUCAACCACGCGUUAUGAAACAAAAUUUCAUGUUCGAUAAAAACUUGUAGAAACCUAUACGAACACUGGGGGAGUGUAUCGAGCACACAAAUACUACGUCUUACGUCCAACUCAUUUUUUGACAUUUUUGCUCUGACGCACGAUUCAAAUACAAUUUACAAAACAAUGCAUUGUGUCAUUAAAUCUGAAAUUUGGUUGAAUACAAUUAAAUAAUUUUUAAAGAACUGCCAUUUAGAAUUGUAUUUUGGAUUAAAAAUAAAUGUAAUACUUGAAUAGAUGUAAUUAAUUAUUAUGAAAGAACAACAGUUGGUCUUAUUAUAAUAGUUAAAAUGGAUGCAUUUAACUUUCAUUGCCAGAUCAGUCGCUCAAAACAUUUAUAACACCACUAAAUAAUACAGUGAUGGCCAAAAGUAAUGUCCAGAAGGCAUUUUUGUGCAAUAUUUAGAAUGUGUCUUUAACUUAAAUAUACAAAAAAGUCACCUAGUAUUAUGUUCUUGUUCCUCUCUUGUUUUUGAUCAUUGGAGGGCUUCUCCUGGGCUUUGACUAAAUAUGCUUAUUUGUGUUGUGUGUAGUUUUUGUUGCCAAGCAUUCUUAAAUUUUUACCAAAGCUGAGGUUCAGUUUAAACUCUAAACUACACAACUGACAUACAAAAAUGUUAAUACAUGUUUUACAUGUAUUUGCAUAAUUAUUUUUCAAUGUCAUUAUUUGCUGUAAUCACUUUGAGGAAAGCUGAUUUAUUUAUUGUAGUAUCAUCGAUUUGAGAAUUGCAUUAAAACGAAAAGCAAACUGCGACUGGUUUAGACGCCUGACCCCACCCGCUGUUUAAUUUUCUCUGUAAUUUAACUUAAUACUGUAAAGCACUUUUAUACUUUGUUAUUUUAAUCAAACUUUCAUUUUUAUUGCAUUUCUUUGUUUGCUGUUAGUUUUCAUAGACACACAUACACACUCCAGACAGCUGUUUAUGGCAGUGAGUAUUCACCGCUCCCACAGACACAAGCCUGUAUACACACGUGCACACACACACCAGUGUACAUCCAAUUGGAAGCUCGACUCUGAUUCUCUGCCACCUCAGCACAUGCUGCUGUAAUAUAGGCUUCAGUAGGGAAAUCCAGUUACUAAAAACCACACAAUCUCUUUGGAAAAGACGAUUCUUCACUUCAUCUUCCUCAAAACCAUUCCAGUCUGUUUCUCACAUUUACGUUUAGAUGAAGCCACCAGGAUCUGCUCAAUAACACAUUACACAUCACUCUCUGCGUUUGCCAGAACAGAAACAAGACAAUAAGGGAAACUUGUAAAG